CUCCUCGUCGUUUCAGAGGAGGCCAUAUUGAAAAAUAUGGAGUUAACAAUUAUUUUAGAGAUGAGUAAAAAAAAGGAGAUUGUGAAGUGAUUACAUGCGUUAUGUAUUUCCUCUUGUGUAAUGUUGAUACAUAUGUUUCGUGUUUUGUUAGGAUACAUGAUCUAUUGUCUUCUAUUAGCAGAUCCUGACUGACUAGCAAAAACAAUUUUUAUUAUUAUUUAUUCCUCAGUAUACGAGUCCUCGGUUGAUACGAAAUCUGUUAAAAUAUAAUGUAUAAAACAUGUAACCCUUUUGUCAUAGUAUAAAAUGUUAGUGUCAGCUGUUUUCUCGUAUUGUUCCUCCGUCCCAGCGAAGUUAACCUCGACAUAGUGUUGGAAGAUGGGGAAUUAUGCGGGUAACAUUAUUAUAUAUCUGCUAAUAUUAUUCGCCCUGGGUGUCAUCUAUGGAACAACUCGAAUUGUCAAGUCCUUCACAGACACUCAGGCAGAUAUACUGAAGCCCUCAGUCUCCUACAGCUGGAUAAUCAGGCUGUGCCUGAACUCAUUGGGAUAUGGAACUGUUUUGUUGCCAGGGUACUUAGUGUACAAGUACGUCUGCUUCAGCAAGUACCUGCAAAGGGCUGGUUCGGGAUUCCUACCGAAAUUAAUAGGAAAAUGUUUCGUGGGAGGUGUAGAAUCAGGUCUCCUGGACUCUCCAUCAUAUACUCCAACAGCGAAUGGAUCUCGAGAUCCUCACUCAUUCUCCCAGGAUGCCAUUCUACUCAUGUACUGUUUCAUUGGUUUACAAUUUAGUUACCUAACAUGGGGAUAUCUACAGGAGAAAAUCAUGACUCAGGAAUACGUUAAUGCAGCUGGUGAAAAACAACACUUCCAUGACUCUCAAUUUUUAGUGUUCGUGAACAGAAUACUGGCUUUCACGAUGUCAGCGUUAUACCUGAUGGUGAAGCGCCAGCCACGUCAUGUAACUCCUUUAUACAAGUACACCUUCUGCUCCUUGUCAAACAUAAUGAGCAGUUGGUGUCAAUACGAGGCCCUCAAAUUCGUGAGCUUUCCUACGCAAGUGUUGGCAAAGGCUUCCAAGAUCAUUCCAGUGAUGAUCAUGGGAAAAAUAGUGUUUCGCACCUCGUACGAUUACUACGAGUACGUCACAGCAGCCCUCAUCUCCAUAGGAAUGACUCUCUUCAUGCUCGGUAGUGUGGAGCAUAAGAAUGACGGAGUCACCACUAUUUCUGGGGUCAUUCUGCUCACUGGAUACAUGGUGCUCGAUAGCUUUACUAGCAAUUUUCAGAAUUCACUGUUCCAAGAGUAUGGAGCUACUAGUGUUCAAAUGAUGUGUUCUGUCAAUUUAUUCUCGUGCUUGUUAACUGCUACCUCGCUCUUUCAACAGUCCAGCUUCGCACAAACACUCGAGUUCGUUACGAAGUUUCCAGUAUUCAUCGUCGAUUGCUUGCUUAUAUCAAUAUGUUCAGCCAGUGGUCAAUUAUUUAUUUUCUAUACGAUAGCUAAAUUUGGAGCUGUAACUUUUGUGAUAAUAAUGACGAUACGUCAGUUACUAGCAAUAUUGCUGUCUUGCCUGGUAUACCACCAUCGGAUAACUUCCUUCGGAGUUUUAGGAGUCCUUCUAGUGUUCGGCUCGAUAUUCCUAAGAAUAUACUGUGGCAAUCGGUUACGAGCCCUUCGAAAUCGCAGCCGAGAAAAUGCAACUACUAAAGAUUGAGUGUUUUACAUCAACCAAAUAUCGAGCCAGUUUCGUAAUUAUAUUGGGUCAAUCGCCAGAAUUAUUUAUUAUGACAAUACCAUUAAACGUGGAAUCAGUACUUAGAACUUUUCGAAGACUAUACAAUCGAGGAUUUUUCAGGAAUAGAAACGAUCUAUC